CCUUGUGUUGCAACAACAAAGGCCGUCUCUGUCCUCAAUUCCACUUCCACCCUUCCUAGGACACCAGCACUCUCUCAUUCAGUAGACUAGGAUAGAGCUUGCAGCAAAAGGCCGAACAUCAGUGCGCCUGGUUGGAGUUAUCUCUAUCUUCCUCCGCUUGCUCGACGCUGUGGUUGGGAUCGUCUUUUCAACCUCUGGACUGGAACAAGCCUGACACAACAGGUGAAGAGAUAUCGGGUCAAACUUCUCCCCGCUUGACUACAUCACGAGUCUGUCACUUCUAACAUAAGGCUGUCACCUGCCUUUUUACGACCCUUUUUCGGACCACAUCGCACAGUAAAAUGGGUAGGUACGUGGUGGGCGUGCUGGGUGGCGGUCAGCUGGGUCGUAUGCUCGUCGAAGCUGCAAACAGACUCAACAUUGAAGUUGCGGUAUUGGAUAGUGAAAAUGCUCCAGCCAAGCAGAUCAACCGAAUAGCAUCUGACAAGCAUGUUACUGGGUCAUUCGCCAAGGCCUCAGAUGUCAAAGAGCUCGCGUCCAGAUGUGAUGUUCUCACAUAUGAAAUUGAGCACGUUGAUACGAAAGUCCUAGAGGAGCUGGAAGGUGAGAAAGCCUUCGUUGAUGGCACUGAGUGGGGGAGAAUCCAGCCAAGCUGGAGGACCGUCCGAGUCAUUCAAGACAAAUUCCUACAGAAACAACACUUUGCAAAAUUCAGCAUUGCGACAGCCAAAUCCAUCGCAGUUGGCACGUCGCAUCCUCAGGGCCUCAAAGAUAUUGCUGACCAACUUGGCUACCCUCUCAUGCUGAAAUCGAGAACAGAGGCAUAUGAUGGACGAGGUAACUAUCCAAUCAAGUCGGUAUCAGACAUUGAACCAGGCUUGAAAGCUCUGAAGGAUCGUCCUCUGUACGCUGAGAAAUGGGCUCAUUUCAAAAUGGAGCUCGCAGUCAUGGUCGUCAAGACCGCGCAGGAAGCGUCUAUUGAAUUCUGGCAGUCGAGUACUCUGGCUUACCCUACGGUCGAGACUAUCCAUGAAGACAGUAUCUGCAAGCUUGUGUACGUUCCGCCAAGAGACGUCUCGAAGAAAGUGAUACAAGCUGCUCAGGACCUUGCUCGACGAGCUGUUUCGACUUUUCUCGGGACCGGCGUGUUCGGCGUCGAACUCUUCCUCCUCAGCGACGAUAGCUUAGUUGUCAACGAAAUCGCCCCAAGACCACAUAACUCAGGCCACUAUACCAUUGAGGCAUGUCAUAUGUCUCAAUACGAGGCCCAUAUCAAAGCCAUAUUGCCCGAUAUGGCUCCCCGGAUACGGCCUGGCGCGACAAGCCUACUGGUUCCAACAUCAGCGGCAAUCAUGUUGAAUAUCCUCGGCGGACCACAGCCCGACUCUCACCUUCUCGUGGUGGAAGCCGCUCAGGAUGUUCCCGAAGCGAAAGUCCAUUUGUAUGGCAAAGGCGAUGGACGACCGGGACGUAAGAUGGGCCAUAUCACGAUGAUCGGCGCUAGUAUGUCGGAGUGCGAGACAAAAAUGCAGCCUCUUAUCAACAUGGUCGACGCGUUGCGUGCUCAUCGCACGGAUACUUCACCAGCUUCUGCUGCGUCGAUAGCGAAUACUGCUGCGGAAUUAGGGAAGAGCAACCCUGCGCCAGCCCCACGACCGGUCGUUGCGGUUGUCAUGGGCUCAGAUACUGAUCUGGCGACAUUGAAACCCGGUCUUACGAUCCUCGAUACGAUGGAAAUUCCCUACGAAGUGCACAUCACAUCUGCUCAUCGGACGCCGCAGUAUAUGUUGGAUUUCGGCAAGGCGGCUGCUGCGCGUGGGACCAAGGCGAUUAUUGCUGCUGCUGGCGGUGCGGCACAUCUUCCUGGUAUGAUGGCAUCGGAGACGUCUGUUCCUGUUAUUGGUGUGCCGGUCAAAGCGAGCAGUCUGGAUGGGCUGGACAGCUUGUUGAGUAUUGUGCAGAUGCCGCGGGGCGUGCCUGUGGCUACGGUUGGCAUUGGGAAUAGCACGAAUGCGGCGAUUCUUGCGGCGAGAAUCGUGGGCACGAGUGAUGCGAAGGUGCAACAGUGGGUCGAGAACCAUUUGCAGAAGAUGGAUGAUGAGAACAUGGAGAAGGAACACCGAUUGCAGAGGGAGGGAUGGAAGGUGUACAAGAAGUUGGAUGCUUGAGAUGCUACGGUAUUGAAGCUCCACUGCAUGGAACGCAUAGAGAGGAGCCUGGCUUUUAGGAGGCCAUACGUGCCUGGCGGUGCUCCUGGCUGAAAUGCGCAGGCUUGAGCGAAUAAUCCAAUGUCUGACCUUGAGA